UUUAGUGAUCAAUGGGAAUUGAUUUCGACCCUAUUCUAGAGAAAUGGGCGGAAAACUAUUUACUUUCCUAUGGAAUUAUGUUGAUCAUCUUGUCAACAAUUAAGAUAAUUUUCCAUUUGGUCACAAUCGCUCUAAAUGCCUUUUUCUGUGACACUUUACGGACGAAAACAUCGAUUCCUGAUUCGGUUUCCGCGUUCAAGGCUUUCAUCGAUUCCUCGGUGAUCUUUACGACGGCCAUUUUUGCGAUCAUGGGAGCAACUGUAGAGACCACUUCGUACAUCACCCUGACCUUUUACCUCUUGAUGACUCCACUUCAAGCGAUCAUGCAAAUUUGGAUCUGUAUGAAAUGGAUGUUACUUGAUGAAAGACAUUCAGUUUAUCCUUUGAUUGAGACAUCUCUCGAAUUACCAAUUGCAAUCAUUCAAUUGCUUGGAAUCAGUGUUGCCAUUCCCUUGGCCUCUCGUGAAUAUUACAUAAUUAAACAUAUUUAUGAAUUAUAA